AUGAUCAAAUAGCAUAGAAAAAUAGAACAUUCUUUUCUCUAUCAGACUAUAUAAAAGAAAGUUUCUUUAACCUUUCUAUAAGGGAUAAAAAUACCACUGCCACUACUUUUGGUAUGCCCUAAGUAGAAACAUGCUAAGAACACUCAGCAUGUGAAGAUUGAAAAUAAAAAAAUUUUGUACAAUUUUCGAUUUUGCACUCCAAUAACUCUCUACUUAGUUUAGCUGCACUAAUUUUUCAUUAUUUUAAGAGCAAAUGAAUGAUGCUGAUGCACUCAUAAAUCGUGCCGAAGCAUAUAUUGUUGAUGAACUAUACGAUCUGGCUUUAAAAGAUUAUGAAAAAGCGCACGAAUAUGAAGAGAGUCAACGUAUUCAUGAUGGAAUUAAAAGAAUUCAAAAACUAAUAAAACAAGUGAAAAAGCGUGAUUAUUAUAAAAUAUUGACCAUUCGACGAAGUGCAAAUAAAGCAGAAAUUCUAAGAGCAUACAGAAAACAUGCUAUUAAAUGGCAUCCAGAUAAAUAUGAAGGAGAAGAUAAGAAAAAAGCAGAAAAAAUGUUUAUUGAUAUAGCAGCAGCCAAAGAAGUUCUCACUGAUCCAGAAAAACGUGCUAGAUUUGAUAAUGGUGAAGAUCCGUUAGAUGCUGAAGAACAAGCACAAGGUUUUAAUCCAUUUGGACAAGGCUUUAAUCCAUUCGGUGGAGGAAAUGGUGGCAGCUACAGUUUUCGAUUUCAUUUUAAUUAG